AUGAACGGUCAUUCUCUAAACAGGGAGAUUUCUUACCUCACGACGCUGGUAUCCCUGAUAUGGGAGAGACAGUCAUGGACCGAAGAAGACUUAAAUGCAUCCAACGAAUCCAAAAACUAUACUGGCUCUGGACUCGAAUGCCCUGAGAAAAAUUCGACGGAAGAUGACGAAGUGGUCCAACCAGUGGAUGAAACCGAAUUCGAAAUCGAGAUACCGUCCGCAAACCCAGACGCAACCCUUUCUUUCUUGAAAAGAAAUGCCCUGGACCGGUUGGCUGAGGUCUUGGCUAGGUUUAAAACAGAUCAAAAGCUUCAAAAAAAGGCGGGACCAAAAAAUAACGAUGCAAAACAUGUCGCUAGUACGACUAUGCGGGAAGAUAAUGCUAGCGGACGGGUCAUAAUAUUUUGCUCCAAGAACAAUGGCAUUGACACUGCCGAUCAAAAGUUUUUAGCAAGUUUGAAGAAAGAGUUGGAAGCUAUCUCAAAAGACCGUGUGUUAGGCCUAUUGUCAUAA